AUGAGCUGCUCCUGGGUCCCAGUCCCACUUCCCUUUCAGCGGAGCUAAGACAGAGGGAGAGAGACGGAGAAGAAGAACGAGAAAGAAAGGGCAAGAGAGAGAGAGAGAGAGAGAGAGAGAAAGAGAGAAAGGAGGAGAGAGAGGGAGAGAGCACUGGGAAGUAUUCGAGGGCAGCUCACUGCUUCCUCGUGAAAACACAGGGCAUCUCUGCACACAUAGUGGGAACGCUGACAGUUCAAGACGGUGAGCCAUGGUGUGAAGAAUGGGCUCAACGAUGUCGUUCUUUGGGUUGAGCUGUGCAAAAAAGAAAGAGAGAGAGGAAGAGAGGUGGCUCAGAGCAAAUGACAGAGAGUUCAACUUGUCCUUUAAAUAUGCGACUAAUGCCAUUAAAACUUCCAAGUACAACCUGUUCACCUUUCUGCCGCUCAACCUCUUUGAGCAGUUCCAAAGGAUAGCCAACGCCUACUUCCUGUUCCUGCUCGUCCUCCAGCUGAUUCCUGAGAUCUCAUCCCUCUCCUGGUUCACCACCGUGGUGCCCCUGGUUUUGGUACUCUCGGUGACAGCGGCCAAAGAUGCCACUGACGAUAUUAACCGGCACAGAAGCGACAGGCGUGUCAACAAUCGAAAAGUUGAAGUCCUCAUCAACAGAGAACUAAGGAGUGAAAAAUGGAUGGAUGUUCAAGUAGGCGACAUCAUCAAGUUAGAAAACAAUCAGUUUGUCACGGCAGAUCUGCUACUGCUCUCCAGCAGCGAGCCCCUCAACCUGGUGUACAUUGAGACUGCUGAACUGGAUGGAGAAACCAACCUGAAGGUGAAGCAGGCGCUGACAGUGACCGGAGAUAUGGGUGACUGCAUCGAGACACUGGCUGCCUUCGAUGGUGAGGUGCAGUGUGAGCCGCCGAACAACCGCCUGGACAAGUUCACGGGGACGCUGACCUUCCAGGGGCAGAAAUACUCCCUGGACAACGAGAAGAUCCUGCUGCGAGGCUGCACGCUCAGGAACACCGAGUGGUGCUUCGGCCUCGUCAUCUUCGGAGGCCCAGAGACUAAGCUCAUGCAGAACUGUGGAAGGACCACGUUCAAGCGCACCAGCAUUGACCGCCUGAUGAAUGUGCUGGUGCUCUGUAUCUUUGGCUUCCUGGCUGUCAUGUGCGCAAUCCUUGCCAUUGGGAACAGCAUCUGGGAGCAGCGGGAGGGGGCAAAGUUCACCGCCUUCCUGCCCAGGCAGGACGGAGUGGAUGCCGCAUUCUCCGCCUUCCUCACCUUCUGGUCCUACGUCAUCAUCCUCAACACCGUGGUGCCCAUAUCCCUUUAUGUCAGUGUGGAGAUCAUACGCCUGGGGAACAGCUUCUACAUUGACUGGGACAGGAAGAUGUACUAUGCUCGGAGUGACACACCCGCAGAGGCUCGGACCACCACCCUGAACGAGGAGCUGGGCCAGAUCAAGUACAUCUUCUCCGACAAGACAGGCACCCUCACCCAGAACAUCAUGACCUUCAACAAGUGUUCCAUCAACGGGAAGUCUUAUGGCGAUGUGUUUGACUAUGCUGGACAGAGGCUGGAAAUCACUGAGAAUACAGAGAGAGUCGACUUCUCCUUCAACCCACUGGCCGACCCCAAGUUCCACUUCCAUGACCACAGCCUGGUGGAGGCGGUGAAGCUGGAGAACCCUGAGGUGCACGCUUUCUUCCGCCUGCUGGCCCUCUGCCACACCGUCAUGGCGGAGGAGAAGAACGAGGGUGACUUGCUGUACCAGGCCCAGUCCCCAGACGAAGGUGCCCUUGUCACCGCUGCCCGGAACUUCGGCUUUGUGUUCCGAUCCCGCACGCCGGAGACAGUGACCAUCGUGGAAAUGGGCGUGCAGAGGAGCUACGAGCUGCUGACCAUCCUGGACUUCAACAAUGUCCGCAAGAGGAUGUCCGUCAUCGUGCGCAGCCCAGAGGGGAAGCUGUGUCUGUACUGCAAGGGGGCAGAUACCAUCAUAUUUGAGAGACUGCACCAGUCCUGCAGCAAGCUUAUGGAGGUUACCACAGAGCACCUCAGCGAGUUUGCAGGGGAUGGACUGCGGACACUGGCCCUGGCCUACAAAGAGCUAGACGAGGAAUACUUUAAAAGAUGGAAAGAGCGCCACCAUGAGGCCAGUACCGCUCUGGACGACAGGGAAGAGAGGCUGGAUGCGCUCUAUGAGGAGAUUGAGAGGGACCUGCUGCUGCUGGGGGCCACAGCUAUAGAGGAUAAGCUGCAGGACGGGGUUCCCCAGACCAUCGAGCAGCUCUCCAAGGCCGACAUCAAGAUCUGGGUGCUGACGGGAGACAAGCAGGAAACAGCGGAGAACAUUGGAUACUCGUGUAACAUGCUGCGUGAAGAGAUGAACGAGGUUUUCAUUGUGGCGGCAAACUCAGCCGAGGAAGUGAGAGAGGAGUUACGGAAUGCUCGUAUGAAAAUGAAGCCAGAGUCCGGAGAAGAGCCAAUCAUUAUCGCAAAGGGAAUUCUGGGUAAAAAGUCAAAGGUCAUUCCAGAUGAAGCAGUGGACGGGGAAUAUGGUCUGGUCAUCAAUGGGCAUAGCUUGGCCUACGCCCUGGAGAAGAGCAUGGAGCUCGAGCUGCUGCGGACGGCCUGCAUGUGCAAGACGGUGAUCUGCUGCCGGGUCACACCCUUGCAGAAGGCCCAGGUGGUGGAGCUGGUCAAGAAGUACAAGAAGGCUGUGACGCUGGCCAUCGGAGACGGUGCCAACGACGUCAGCAUGAUCAAAGCGGCUCACAUCGGUGUUGGUAUCAGCGGGCAGGAGGGUAUGCAGGCGGUGCUGUCCAGUGACUUCUCCUUCGCCCAGUUCCGCUACCUGCAGCGCCUCCUGCUGGUGCACGGCCGCUGGUCCUACCUGCGCAUGUGCAAGUUCCUGCGCUACUUCUUCUACAAGAACUUCACCUUCACCUUCGUCCACUUCUGGUACGCCUUUUUCUGCGGCUUCUCUGCACAGACCGUGUAUGACGAAUGGUUCAUCACAUUGUACAACCUGGUGUACACUGCUCUCCCAGUGCUGGGCAUGAGUCUGUUUGACCAAGAUGUGAAUGACCGCUGGAGCUUCCAGUACCCCCAGCUCUACGCUCCCGGGCAGCUCAACAUGUACUUCAGUAAGACGGCCUUUGUACGCUGCGCCCUGCACAGCGGCUACAGCUCGCUGGUGCUCUUCUUCAUCCCCUACGCCGCCAUGUAUGACACGGUGCGUGACGACGGCAAGGACAUCGCCGACUACCAGUCCUUCGCCCUGCUGGCACAGACCUGCCUGCUCAUCGCCGUCUGCGUCCAGCUGGGGUUAGACAUGUCCUACUGGACAGCAGUGAACCAGUUCUUUGUGUGGGGCAGUCUGGCCAUGUACUUCGCUGUCACCUUCACCUUCUACAGCAAUGGCAUGUACCUCAUCUUCACGGCCUCCUUCCCCUUCAUUGGCACGGCCAGGAACUCCCUGACCCAGCCCAACGUCUGGCUGACCAUCCUGCUGACCUCCAUCCUGUGCGUGCUGCCCGUUGUGGCCUACCGCUUCCUGCUCAUCCAGCUGUGGCCCACCAUCAACGACAAGGUGAGGUACAAGGUGAGACAGGCCAAAGCUGCCCCACCCCCUCUUCCCAGCCGGGUCCGAAUGAGACGCACCAGCUCGCGGCGCUCCGCCUACGCCUUCUCGCAUGCCCAAGGCUACGGCGACCUUGUGACCUCUGGGAGGUUCCUGCGGCGCCCACCUGUGGCCCGAUCGGCCGGAUUCAGCCCGACAGGUCGCUCCACCGGCUUCAUCCACACCGGCCGGUCUGGCGGCUACAGUCCCACGGACCGUCUGCAGAACUUCAGGAAGGCGGAGACCUCGCUCCAGAUGUACCGUACCAGAGAACCGGCAUCUUGAUGCAGGAGCCAGAGCUCUUUAUUCUGAACCUGUUUACACAAAAGGAAAUGUGGGGCCACACACACACACACCAGAACAGUCACACACACUUACAUUCUUGAAAAGAAUGGGUUUCACGACCCAGUACAAUCUCUGAACACGAUUGUACGAAAAACAAUAGAAACAAUACUUGGACCAGUACUUCUCCCACAAAGUAAGACAUUAAUUAGAGAGCUGAUACUUUAAAGUAACACCUAAGGGCUUAAUUCAAUGUUUGAAUUAUUCUCCCUUUUGACUGUAUUGGAACAAAGCAGUCUUUAAGGGUUCAGAGGUGUGCAGUGGUGUCCUCUUAAACACUCUCACUAUGGACAAAAGCUGUCUCCUAGAAAUGUGUGCUGAAAGCAAAGCUGAGUACAGUAUGACACACUCAGAAUCAGUCAGCAGAUUGGCACACAAAUAUAGAGCAAGCAGAACCAGGCAGUCCUUUCCCAUGGACACGGAUGUUUUUAGGGAAAGUGGAUAUCACCUGUCUGGUCAAGGACAUUGUCCAGUUAAACAGUCUGCAGUUUUAUUUCACUCAUGAUGACCUCCCCCUUAAGGCUCAACAAAGGUGGCUGUAGGACACUUACGGCUGACCCAGAAUUAGCCAUGUGGGGGUUUACCCAUUUGAACCCCCUGCUGCUGCUCUCCAGACAGACAUUGUAAUCAAGAGGCUGAAUCACUUGAUUCAGUCAGAUCAGAGUGGCCCUACCCAUCUCCCCUCCCCGUUAGCUGGUCAUGCAGAAAAGCACUCAAGAUGAUGAUGAUAACAAUGAUGCCACUUUUUCUGUUUGGUUCAUCCAGCUUACAUCAUGUAAUCGUACAAGAAACUGCACAGUGGACUUCCCCUCAAGCAUUUAACUUCAACCAAAGUCACUGAGACAAACUCAAGUUAUUUGCAUUUUCUUCUUGGCUGUUUAACUCUUAACACUGUUGGUCACUUGAAAGGAGGUGUUAAUUCAUGGGUAGAAUUAGAAGUUUACAUUGAUACAAUGCAAGUAAAUCAUGAAAUGGUCUUUCAAGCCACAGUUCGUGUUUUGCUCCAGUGCAAAUAUUCCAAACUGAAACUCAGGUUGCAGGCAAAGUUUGACUCUUUUCUUGGCAUAGACAGACAUUAGCCCACACAGAUAACUCACUGCAUCUUCACAAUAAGGGAGAGCAAUAAACUGUAUAGCAAUAACACUAAUUUGUGUCCAUUGGAUUGGACUUACAGGGCUGUUGUGUUGUCAGUCUGACUCCCCUUUUCAUUCAUAAAAAAAAGCUUUCUUGGAAAUGUUGUCUCAAACUCAGAUGUUUGAGACAGCAAUGAUCAACUCUUUCUCCCUUUUGUGAGGUUGACUUGAUGUAUUCACCAUUAUUGUAAUGUUCAGGGAACGUUGUACGCGCCCCAGCUGGGAUGGACAGUACUGUACUUUAUGUGUAUUUCUGACAGGGUGGGGGAGUGGUGAAUGUUGUGAAAAGUCUAUAAACAGUGUUUAUUACUAGUCAUGAAGGCUGGCUCUUGUUGAUACCAAAGGCAUGAAGUGUUGACCUUAAAAAGGUCUUUUUAUUGUGCUCACCUUUAAAUAAUAACGUGAGAUUCUGCUAUGUACAGUUGAGGGGAUUUUUUUUCUGCUCGGUCUUUUCUGUGGAAGUCCCUUCCCCGUGAUUUCCCUGUAUAGCAGCAUGGCAAAGCGCCAUAUUGCUGGAAUGUCAUCACGCCUGACUGAAGCCAAAGACAUCAUUCCUUCAGGCGUGGCGUUUGGGGUCAUCUAUUAUUUCCAUUUACAGAGGGAAGCAGAUGGAGAGGUCUAGCAAAACAAGUGCAUCUGUGCAUGCCCCAGUGCAGAGGAUGUACUAUACAGCUACACUAGAUCUAGAUGUAGACACUUUCAUUCCUACUACUGGAUAGAACACAAGUCAGUCAACAUUGAAAUUAAAAAUAAGAGGGUGUCACAUGUUAGUAUAAAAAGGAAAUUAAUUUGAAAUUAUGUACUAUGAUGUUCAAAACUGCCUUUUUCUUCUUGGUGGAAGGUUUUUGUGUGUAUGUAAUUUCUGGGACAAAAAUGUAUUUUGACUUUAGAUUUUAAGUUAGAUGGCAUUAAAUUUAGGGGGGGGGGGGGACUUGAACAUGCAUCACUACAGUUUACAGCUGGUCUCACCAUUGAGUGAUGCCAGGUGAAACACUUAUAAUUCCCUCACUGUGCUGGUGUAGCAUUUUGGUAACAUAAUAGCAUCUUGUUAGCAAAUGGAGGACAUUGUAGCUGUGAUGAAGAUGGUUUACACUAAAUGAGAAACUGCAUAAACUUUACACAGGACUAGGCUGUAAAAGAAAUGUUGUGUUCAACUGGGUACCUGCUUGCAACAAUAAUUUUUAUACAUCUAACAUAAUGUAUUCAUACAGCUGAGGGCAAUUAGCAAUGAAGAACUGUUAUUCAAAUGGUCAUGAGUCAGUACAUUUUUAAAUACAAUUUAUAAUGUCAGCAUUUCCAUAACUGUAAGAAUUUGCUGAGUGUCCAGUAAAUUCUUACAGUAAUCUGACCUGCUCUGUAAAACAUUUUUGUAAGGGUAGUGUUCAUGGGUGUCAAUGUAUCUUUUCUCAUAUUGGAAAUAUGUAUCUUAUUGAAAUA